CGAUCUUGCAGCGAGACCUCUUCAACAAACUGUAGAAUAUUUACAAUCUGAAAGGAGAUAAGAUCUGACCACCAGAAGCCGCGUGUUGCGUGGGCCAAAGCCAGCCCAUCUCACAGGAACUGGCACGAGCUCACUUCAAGGUGGACUCUUACUCUUACCUUCACAUUCUUUAAAUUGCCACAUAACGUCAAAGCAACUUCGUCACUUAUGGUUCUUCAGCCGGAAGUCUUAAAUCUCUGCGUUCAAAUGCCGAUCUCGUGUUCAAGUCAUCCAUGUGACCUUCGUAUGCGCUCAGAUCCUCGUCAACAUUUAUCAAUGGACCUUCCCCCGGAUGUUCGCGAGCUAAAGCAGCAUAUUCUCAAAUCCCACCCGACCAAGCUACUUCGUUUUAGUAUAAUCCGCAUGCGCUAUAUUGCCACACCACCGGUUCUCAUUCCAAAAGCUUUGAAUCAUCAACGAGCCAUGCGAACACUCGUGUCCGGUAAAACUGUACCACUUACUAUGAAUAUGUGGGAAAAUUGUAAGACAAAAAGAAAUCGCUUGGAUUUGAUUCACGAAUACGUUACGUAUAGAUGAUAAAAUGCAUUGAUGGCGUCGUUCAUGAUCC